CGUGCGCCAAUUUUAUCAUUGGCAGCUGUUGUGACCUGAGAGAAAAGUAAACGCGGCGCAGAUCAUGUUUGCGACAUACCUUUCUUCUCGUGCCUUUUCUUCGUCUUCCAUCGCGCGGACAGCAAUUAAGCAUGUUGUUGUCGUCGGAGGCGGGUCCAUGGGAGCCGGGAUCGCGCAGGCAAGAGAAGAGUUCGUGCAGAAGACAUUAUCUAGUAUAGCAUUGAGCACCUCUGCAGAUGAGGCUGUCAAGAACACUGACCUGGUUGUGGAGGCUAUAGUUGAGAACAUUGAUGUCAAAAAGAAGCUUUUUGCAGCACUCGACAAGGCAGCUGGCCCGUCUACCAUAUUUGCAAGCAACACCUCAUCACUUCCCAUCUCAGAAAUUGCUAGCAGCACAUCAAGAAAAGAUCGUUUUGGUGGCCUUCAUUUCUUCAAUCCUGUGCCAGUGAUGAAACUUCUAGAGGUUGUACGCAUCUCGGAGACAAGUGAAGAUACGUUCCAAAAAAUGCAAGCAUGGGGCAAGGCACUCGGCAAGACUACUGUCGUGUGCAAGGACACUCCGGGAUUUAUUGUUAAUAGGCUACUGGUUCCAAGUCUUAUGGAGGCAGUACGAAUGCUGGAGCGAGGUGAUGCCACUGCCCAGGAUAUAGACAUUGCCAUGAAGCUGGGUGCUGGUCACCCAAUGGGUCCUUUUGAAUUAACUGACUACGUUGGUCUUGAUGUCACCAAGUUCAUUAUUGAUGGUUGGCACAAACGAUUUCCAGACAAUCCUCUGUUCAAGCCAUCACCAUACUUGGACAAGUUGGUACAAGAAGGAAAGCUUGGAGUCAAAACUGGGGAGGGUUUUUACAAGCACGGCAAGAAGUAAAAUGGAAAGGAAAGAGUACUUUUAUUGCAAGAGAAAUGGAUCAAAGAUAAAUGAGUAUAUAUUUUAUAUAAAGGUUCUCUGUGGUUUAGGCUUAUGAAUGUACUUGCAGCAUUUCAUACUCUCUAUGUGUGCUCAUGAGCAAUGCAAUUAUAAUAUUUCGAAAUAAAGGUUGUCCCAUAUUGGCA